AUGGAUCCACGUAAGCAUGUUACAUUAAAAUUACAAGAUAUGUUAAAAGUUAUACAGUUAAUUAACAAAGGGACCAGCUACAGUACUAUCUCAAAACAAUUUGGGAUAGGUGUAUCUACCAUCAGUGAUAUUAAAAAUAACAAGGAAAAAAUAGAGAAGUUUGUCAUUGAAACGGAAAAUGGUCCAGGUAAGCGUAAAACAUUGAAAAAACCAGAAAAUCCAAAUGUUGAAAGUGCGGUUUUUAUGUGGUUUAUCCAACAAAGACGUUUACACGUUCCAGUGAGUGGUGAAAUGCUUUGUGAAAAAGCACGAUCUUUUCACCGCCAAUUCUCAAAAAAUAACCAUUCUUUUAAUGCGUGCAAAGGUUGGUUAGACAAUUUCAAAAAACGUCAUGGGAUAAGGCAUCUCAAAAUUUCUGGUGAAAAACUUUCGAGUAAAGUUGAUUGCAUCGAACCGUUCCAAAAAUACUUUGAACAACUUGUCAUACAAAAAAAUUUUAAAGCAGAACAAAUUUACAAUGCCGACGAAUCUGGAUUGUUUUGGCGAAUGUUGCCUGAACACACUUUAGUGUCAUCUACAGAAAAAGCCGCUCCCGGUAGAAAGAUUAUGAAAGAAAGAGUCACUUUUAUGCCUUGCACUAAUGCGACGGGCAACCAUAAACUUCGUUUACUUGUUGUAGGAAAGGCUCAAAAGCCUCGUGCAUUGAAAUCGGCUGCACUUCCUGUGUGCUACCGAGGGCAGAAGAAUGCGUGGGUAACAAGAGAUUUAUUUUUAGAUUGGUUCAACAAUGAAUUUGUUCUUAGCGUUCGUCGUCAUCUUUCUUCAAUCAAUUUUCCUAUGGAAGCUGUAUUACUAUUGGAUAACUGCCCAGAUCACCCAUAUGCAGAUGAACUUCGCAAUGAAGAUGGCAACAUUUUUGCGAUGUUUCUUCCACCAAAUACAACUGCUACGAUUCAACCAAUGGAUUAG